CUGGAGCAAAGUUCAGACCUGAGCUCAUCAAGACGACACAGUGAGGAAGGACUCAGAAUCACAGAACAGUUAGAGUUGGAAGGGACCUCAAACUCCAUCCAGUUCCAACCCUCCUGCCAUGGGCAGGAACACCUCCCACUGGAUCAGGCUGCCCAAGGCCCAUGCAACCUGGCUUUGAGCACCUCCAGGGAUGGGACGUCCACAGCCUCCCUGGGCAACCUGGGCCAGUGUCUCACCACUGUCAUGGUGAAGAAAUUCUUCCUAAGGAGAUAAGAUAAAGAGCAUCAGAGGAUUAUGAUGGUACAAAGGAAAUGCGAUAAGGAAUCUGCCUGAUUCACUGGCAAAGGAUCUGAUGUUCUACCUGCUAAGCACUGUUCUUCAUCCUGGCAAACAUAUAAAAACAUCCUUUAUAAAAGAAAAGAAACAAACAAAAAAAGUCUUUGUACAGUGUCGCUCUUGGAUUCUGACUGUAAUAAAUUAAGCCCACUUCUUUUUUUAUUCCUGAAAAUGGCUUUUCGAUUUAACUUUUUAAUUGACGAAGCAGACACUGAUGAUCAGACAGACCUGCAGUUCUGCAAUCCUGAGCAUGAAUGGGGAUCCACAGAAAAGAGAAGGCAAACUGCUAAGGCUGUGGCAGGCUCCAGCCCAAGGCUGGGCCACGACAGGCACGGAGAUAAGAUGCCAUCAGAGAAAAAGAUCAGCUUUAAAGCUGCCAAGGAGCACCAGGUACCUGGAGAUGUCAACAAAGUCUUGGAAAAUAAAGUCUUGGAAACAGUAUCAGGUCUCUAUUACAUAAAUACAUCUGCUGUGGAAAUGACGUGUGUGGACAGUGCCGAUGCAGAAGGGAUCGUGUCUAAAAGUAUUUCUUCUCACUCUGAUCUCAUCCCAGGAGUUUAUGAGGGAGGACUGAAAAUUUGGGAAUGCACCUUUGACCUCAUAGACUACUUUUCUGAGGCCAAAAUACAGUUUAUGGACAAGACUGUAUUGGAUCUUGGCUGUGGGGCGGGACUGCUGGGAAUAGUUGCUUUACAGGGUGAUGCUGAACAAGUCCACUUUCAGGACUACAACAGCACCGUGAUUGAUGAAAUCACCUUGCCCAACGUGGUGGCUAACUGUGUCGGUGAAGGCAGCAGGAAGGGCAGUGGAGAUGCUAGGAAAACUAGUGAGCCUCCUUCCAAGAGGCCCAAGAAAGCAAAGUACUCACCUAGUGCGCUCGGCAAAUGCCGAUUUCUUUCUGGAGGGUGGCCUGAAGUCUGUCAGCUCCUGCUAAGCAGCAACAGACCCUUUUCAAAGUAUGAUAUGAUUCUCACAUCUGAGACCGUCUACAAUCCUGACUACUACAGUGCUCUGCACAACACACUGGCUGAGCUCUUAGAUAAAAACGGCCGUGUGUAUUUGGCAAGCAAAGCACAUUAUUUUGGUGUUGGUGGUGGAGUCUACCUCUUUGAGAAAUUCAUUGAAGAGAAAAACGUGUUUAGGAGCAGCAUAGUUAAAACAAUCGAUCAAGGACUGCAGCGAUGCAUUAUGGAAAUGGCCUUCAGAGAUUCCAGUUAAAAUUUAACCACUGAUUCUUCAAAAAUAUCUUAAUGAUACAAUAUUUUAAUACUCGUGUCUCUUUGCUUUUUCCUGUGUUGAAUUUUCUGCUUUGAUAAAUUAGGAUGCUUGUUGUUGAAAUGUUUGACAAAUUGUGAUGUCUGGCUAGAAGCGCAGAACUCCUCUGUUGCUGCUUUUGCAUAGAAAAGUGGAGCUGUGCUUAAACCAUCAUCUGCUUAUGCCAAUUAAUUGUCACUUAUAUGUAUUUUAAAAAUGAAGCAAGUUGCCAUUCCCGAUUCCUCUCUUGCCUUCUCUGGCAGUGCCAGAACUGUACCCAACAGGAGGGGUUGCUGAGCACAACCUGAGCAAGAGCAUUUGAGAGCAUUUAGCAUCCCAAUAUCAUGCACAGAGGAGUUCCCAAGGGUCAGGCUCUCAGCUCAGGCACAAUCUCAGAAUCGGCUUCGUACCUGUGCUCUGCUGCUUUGCCACCAGAGGGGGCCGUGACUGUAUUUAUCACUUCUGUUCUGCUAAUAAUCUCUCAAAGUUCUGUAAUGUUUCUAAGUGUAAUGCACACGGGGAUUUUAUUCAGUCCUUUGAGAAAGCAUACCAGAGUACCGGUGUGGUCUGUACAUUUUUAUAUUCAGAUUUUGACAUAUCACUAUCAGAAAAUUUCCAAAAGGAACUGGGAAAAGCCGUACUACUUUUAGAAAUUAAUACAACAUUUCUCUUGUAUUCAAAACUAAGCUGAAAGAAGACUCUACACAAGAUAAGCUUCUUACCAACCAACCAAUAAACCUACAAAUGCAGACCAGGAAACUGGAGGAUGACAGGACUGAGCUUUAGGUCACAGUUGGGAAGGGAGAUAAACUGUGCUGUUACAGCAGAUUACUGACUUGAUUGCUGUAAUGUUUCCUACCAAGAUUUUCCCAGAAAUUCCAUUUUCAAAACUUGCCAGAGGUACUGCUCAACACACACCUCUUCUGUCUUCUCAGCAGUUUGGCAGGGCAGCAGUUGCCUGUGCACAAGUCUCUCCUGUGUCAAAAGAUAGUAGUGUUGCUGAAGAAAUUACCUUACUGAAAAUGAAAACAAGCCCAAAGAACUACAAAACCUGGUCCUGAGCGCAUGAUGUCAGCAACAAUUCACACAAAAGUAGUCCACUGCAUGUUUUGUCUCAAGCAAAACUGGACAAAAAGGUGUUGCAGAAUUUCUAAUGUGUACAUCAAAGCUACUUAUCAUCAUGCGGCCGCCCUUGCAGAAUAUAAACUGAGAGACAGCCAAAUACUGCAGUAAACUGAAUGCAAGGAUACUUAGUGUAGGGGAGAAAGGACAACAGUCUCAGAGGACAGAAAGUAACUUAUUACAGCAGUGAUCUAAAUCACUAAUUAUUGUGUAAAGUUCCUGUCACUGGACACUAUGGAAGUCAACUGUAAGAUGCCUAUUGUGACCAUGUUGCUAUUAAGAUAGUGACAGAGGAUUUCCUGUACUUUACAAAAGAGCCUUAACAACUACUGUUGUUCCAAAAACAAUUGUAAGUGGACUAUUUUGAAGGGAUGCUUUGGAGACUACUGAAGUUGCUCUUUUUAUAGGAGAGAGCAAAAAAAAACAUUCAGUUGUGCCAUGGCUGUGAUUGUGCUUUGGAAUUUUUCCAUAUCAACUCUAAAACUUACUGAUGACAGACAACUACUGACUACAGAUUGUGGAACAAAAAGAAGGUUUAGCUUUGGCAGAUCAAUAAAGUGCUGUUAACAGUUCUUAUUUUGUCAGAACUGGGAAGCUGGAAGCAAAGUGGCUACCACUUGCCCUUUCUCAAACCUUAGUUACAAGACAAAUGGGGGCUUGUACGUAAUGACUGAAGAGCUUGUUCUACACCUGCUAGGCCUAAUGCUGAUCCAGAGAAUGGUACCUGAAACAAUAAGAAAUGUUGACCACUAUGAGAAUAGUUAAGAACAAAAUCUCAUGUAUUUUUUGAUUAAUAAAGGUGGUGCUUAAAUCUCCUAUCAUAAUGCUUCCUCUUGAAAACACUCCACAAACAAACUCACAGUCUUGGGUUUAAUAAACUACUCCUUUGCUCAGCAUCCUCAUUUUAUUCCUGAAUUGUUCAACCAUAGCUGUUCUCAUGCAAAUAAACAAUCAGAUUCUUUUAGGACUUUCAACUAAAGACUGCUAAAGCCACAGUCUCACAG